CUGUGGGAGCAACACACUCUCUAUCUAGCAUUUUACGACCAACGAUGCAACAUUUUACUUGUUUAGAGAUAUUUGAUGUAUUUUUUGAUUUUUAAAGGUAAAUUGUGCAAUUUUUGAAAAGUUUGAGAGGAAAUGAUAGACUUUUUGAUUUUAAAGGGAUGGUCAAAAAAACAAAGAGACGUGGGGUAGGGGGUAUACUGCGUGGCAGGCCCCCAAACCCCAUACCAAUGGAGUGUGAUUUUUAAUGGGUCGCACUCGCCGGCCAACGCGAAUCGGCGGUGUUCGGACAUGAAGGACGGCCAGCUAUCGUCGUUCAUGAAAUCCGGCAUCUACCGGUUUCGUGGCGCCAAUGCCCUCUUCAUCGAUCCGGUUCGUAUCUUAAACCGGUCUUAUACGAGGCAUAAGGUUUCACCGUCUGCUUAUUACUCUCGUUUCUUCGACUUCUCUGAGAAGCUCGAGGCUCCCGCAGAAUCGAGAAAGCGGAAGCGCAAAGAGAAGAAGCCAAUCUCCCUAAACGCACGGGAGAAAGUCGCCGAUCAAAGGCACCAGGAGGUGAGGCCGUUUUUGUUGAAAGCGCAUGAAGCUUUGCUUGGAGCCACUGAGCUCUUGAAAUUUGUGAGAAAUUUGAGGCCUGGUGAAUUCUCUGAUGAGGAACGUAGAGAAUUGACUCAGCAGAGCUGUGAGCUUUCAUUUGCAGAUAUUGGAUGUGUUUGGCAAGCUCCGCUGUAUGAAAUUGUUCUAAAUUAUCAGGAAGGCGAUGCCUUUAUUGAAAAUACAGGAUCUCCACGUGGUCAACAUCUCAAGCAAGAUGUGCUCCCAGUCUUUGAUAAUCUCAUUGUGAAUAAAGGAAGUGGUGAUGUAGAGGCUGAAUUUUUGAACCAGAAUUAUAUUAUUCCCAAAGAGAGUUGUUUCUACAUGUCUGAUGUGCAGAAAAUUCACAACUUGGUCCCUGCUGAUUCAGAGUGUGGAUUUAAUAUUAUAGUCAUUGACCCACCUUGGGAAAACAGCAGUGCCCAUCAGAAACGGAGAUAUAAAACAUUGCCCAACCGGACUUUCUUAUCUCUUCCCAUCAGGAAACUUACUCAUUCUGCAGGGGCCUUGGUAGCCUUAUGGGUCACCAACAGGGAGAAAUUGCGGAGUUUUGUCGAGAAAGAAUUAUUUCCAGCCUGGGGUGUAACAUAUAUGGCCAGCUUUCAUUGGUUGAAGGUGAAGGCAGAUGGGUUAUUGAUAGGUGAAUUGGAUCUCUUUCAUCACAGACCAUAUGAAUGCCUUCUUCUGGGUUUCUCUGGUGAGAAGGAAAAUGCAUCUAAUUUGUUGAGAUUGAAUGACAUACCUAAUAAUCUUGUCUUCAUGAGUGUUCCAGGAGAUUAUUCAAGGAAGCCCCCAAUCGGAGAGUUGCUGGUGGAGUAUGUGGCAGGAACGAAGCAUGUCCGUUGCAUCGAAUUGUUCUCUAGAGAACUAUUAGCUGGAUGGACUUCUUGGGGUAAUGAACCCCUUCUUUUUCAAGCUUCCAAAUAUUUCUUAUCAAUGGAGAAAUGAGAGAGAUCCACAUUAUGUCUCUCAUGAAAUUUGCCUUUUGAUAGGGUUAUAGGGAUUGAUGUGGGUAUAAAGUUUGUCGGUUACGCCAUUUAGGAGCAAGGGCUACCCAACCAAGUUAUUUAACCUCUCCGGUAGUACUAUAAUUUUUGUAUGUUUAUGCCAAAUACAGAAUUAUAAAAAAAUAAUUUUAUGCUAAAUACAUUAUUAAUAAAUAUUAUAGCACGUUCUACACCACGACGGAGGAGAUGAGCGUGCUAUAAUUUUUGUUUUGAAUAAUAUGAUUAACAUAUUUUUAUAUAUAAUGAUCGGAGUAUAAAACAUACAAAAAUUAUAGUACUCCCGGAGAGGUUGGGUAACUAGGUUGGACUACCCUUGCUUCGAAACGGCGUAACAGACAAACUUUGUACCCACAUCAAUUUCCUAAUUCUUGCCGCCGGUUCUCCAACGAGUGAACCAACCAAAUACAUUAUAUUGGCAUCCAAACGUUUGAUAGUAGUAAUGAAUGAACUCACAAGAUUAAAGUGAAGUGUUGCUGGUAUCUCCAUAGUGUAGUCAUCUUAAGCUUGCUUAACUCCACCUUCUGCACAAGCAAUAUAGAACAACAACAACAAUCCAGUGUAGUCCUGCGAAAGAAGGGUAGGUGUGGAGGGUAGGUGUACGUAGACCUUGCCCCUACAUGGAAGUAGAACAUGGGUUUGUUCUUGGGUGGAUUUUAUUGUUGUUUUUAACACACUCAUCCUAGGUCUUACUUUUUGGGUAGAUUUUCCUAGAUUUUACUGGACUUGUUGUUUUUGAUGUUGUAGUUCUCCAAGCAUUGUUUGGUGAGACUCUAGAGAUGUUUAUUCUUA